UCCUCGUUUUAUCCCCUUGGCCUUGCUCUCCUCCCCACCCUUCCCCUUGCUCCCCCCUCCCCCGCUCCGCGGCCUUCUCGAGAGGCCGCACCCCAGCCCCACGCGCUUUGCCUCCCCCGGCGACUGGCGGCGAGUGCAUCCCAACGAAAGCGUCGUGGUCGGCCGACGCUUAGUGGGUUGGGGAAAUGGGGAUGGGGAUCGCGGAGAUGGCUCUCCACACCAUGCCGGGGGCAUUCGCCGGUCGCUCCCCGGCAUCCAAUUUGUUCCUCGGGACUGACGCAAGGAGGGGGAAGAGGAAUACCAAUUCAGUGCCCAACUCCAGGGCACUGCAAGGCCUCCUAAAGAUCCCGGGGUUGAGGUCUGUUCGGCAACAGUGCCAGCGGAUCGAUGACCUUGCGAGGGUUACAGAGGGGAACGGGACUUGGGUCAAGGAUGCGGUGAACAAGGCCAGCCAGGUUUUUGGCGACGCGACCUUGCAGGGUCACGCUGUAGGUGGUGAUGGGAGUUUAAAUGGGGGUGCUGUCAAGCCUCCACCUCAGAGGUGGAAGGUGUCAUCGAUUGAGGAUGAGGCUUGGGAGCUUUUGCAGGAGUCGAUGGUUCACUAUUGUGGCAGUCCUGUUGGGACGAUUGCUGCCAACGAUCCAAAUGAUAGUGAUCCGGUGAAUUAUGAUCAGGUGUUUAUUCGGGACUUCAUACCAUCUGGCAUUGCUUUUCUAUUGAAAGGGGAAUAUGAAAUCGUGCGCAAUUUCAUUCUACACACCCUUCAGCUUCAGAGCUGGGAGAAGACAAUGGACUGCCAUAGUCCAGGUCAAGGCUUAAUGCCUGCCAGCUUCAAAGUGCGGACAAUCCCACUUGAUGGCGAUGAUGAUGCAACUGAGGAGGUCUUGGAUCCUGAUUUUGGGGAGGCUGCAAUAGGCCGUGUGGCACCUGUUGAUUCAGGUCUGUGGUGGAUCAUAUUGCUUAGGGCAUAUGGAAAAUGUUCAGGGGAUCUGUCAGUACAGGAGAGAAUUGAUGUCCAAACUGGAAUGAAAAUGAUUUUGAAGCUUUGUUUAGCUGAUGGUUUCGACAUGUUCCCUACGUUACUCGUAACUGAUGGUUCAUGCAUGAUUGAUCGUCGAAUGGGAAUCCAUGGACAUCCACUUGAAAUUCAGGCACUGUUCUAUUCAGCUCUCUUGUGUGCGCGAGAGAUGUUGACCCCAGAAGAUGGAUCAGCUGACUUAAUCCGCGCCCUAAAUAACAGGCUUAUUGCACUGUCCUUUCAUAUCAGGGAGUACUAUUGGGUUGACAUGAAAAAAUUGAAUGAGAUAUAUCGAUAUAAAACAGAAGAAUAUUCUUAUGAUGCUGUCAACAAGUUUAACAUAUACCCUGAUCAGAUUUCUCCAUGGCUUGUUGAAUGGAUACCUCCUAAAGGGGGUUACUUUAUUGGAAACCUGCAGCCAGCUCACAUGGACUUCCGGUUCUUUUCACUAGGAAAUUUAUGGUCAAUAGUAAGCAGCUUGGCAACAACUCAUCAAUCCCAUGCCAUUUUAGAUCUAAUUGAAUCUAAAUGGUCUGAUUUAGUGGCAGAGAUGCCACUUAAGAUAUGUUAUCCUGCUCUUGAGAACCAGGAAUGGAAAAUCAUCACUGGAAGUGACCCUAAAAACACGCCUUGGUCGUACCAUAAUGCAGGAUCUUGGCCAACGUUAUUGUGGCAGCUCACAGUGGCAUGUAUCAAGAUGAACAGACCAGAUAUUGCCGCAAAAGCUAUAGAGGUAGCUGAGAGGCGUAUUGCUACAGACAAAUGGCCUGAAUACUACGACACCAAGCGAGCACGCCUCAUUGGGAAACAGUCCCGGCUGUACCAAACGUGGUCUAUUGCUGGGUACCUAGUAGCCAAGCUACUAAUUGAAAAACCUGAUGCUGCUAGGAUUCUGUGGAACGAUGAGGAUGCAGAAAUUCUCAAUGCUUUGAGCACAAACAAAAAACGGGGCAAGAAGGUGUUGAAGAAAACAUUCAUUGUGUGAAUUCUCACAGCAAAUUCCAUUAAAUUACCUAAGGUAGCAUUUUAGUUAUAGGAAGUGUCUUUCCUGUAUAUAUGUAACUUACAACAGGUUGUGUUUUUGAUGGGGAGGGGUGCCUGUUGUUGGAUGCUAUUAUUGUGGAUGCAUCUGGCUUUGCAAGGAAGCACUUGCUUGAGCAUUCCUUGAUUGUAUACCAUUCAACACUUUUUUGUAAACUAGACCUGCCUCAUGUAGUUUAUUAUACUCUUCAUUUGACAUGA